UACCCGGAACUACAUGAGUGGAGGCUUGUAGUACAAAUUCCAGUUGAGUUGAGUAGACAACAACACAUAACUGUGAGCAAUAAAUAAUAUGUCUAUAUAUAUGUCUCCGUAGCGGUCGAUGCCUUUGACCCAGACACGGGCAGCCAAGCCGGACAGCAAGUUUGAUUAUUAACGACUAUUAUUAUCUUUCUAGUUUGCUCGGCUGUCAUGCAAACACUGAUGCGUUUCAUGUCUGUUCUGUAGAAGAAACAACCAUCAAACAUGUGCAGUCUUGUUCCGGACAAUAGCACUCUUUAUAUCCGAGAGGGAGGACAGCUUCGUCGGGUGAAUGACAUCGUGCUUGCUGAGCCGAAGCCUGUGUCAUCCUGUAGAAGAACGAAACCGUUACCGAUGUUGUUGAAAAAGGAACACUUCAUCUUCACCUACAAUGCCAAGGGAAAUCUACAAUAUUCUCCGAGAUCUCUCUUCGACAUCUCUAUUCAAUUCAUAGCCGAAAACAUACACCAUGUGGACUCACUGUUAGACUUCCCUGAACAAAUAGGAGUUAAACUUUUUGCAGCCACGGAAGAGAAAUGUGUUUUUUCCAACCAAGAAACGGGCCCCAAAGCCCUACAAGUAUUCAAUGAUGCGUAUGGCGACAUGGUGCUGACAUCUCUUUGUCUUCGGAAUAGAUUUCCUCUGUUGUCUGAGAGGAUGUGUGAAAUCAAAACAUUUCAUAGUCUGAAGUCUCUUGAUUUGUUUGGCUGCCGACUUGGAGAUAGUCAUGAGAUCUUCCUGCAUCUGACCAGCAGCUCCUUGACUGGAUCACUGGUUGAACUUUUCAUUGGAGGCAACUGUCUGUCAGAUAUUGGCCUACAAAGAUUGACUGCGCCCAUUAGGAUGUUCAAGAAAGGACUUGACAACCUUCAACUUCUGGAUCUCUCUGACAAUCCAAUCUCUGAAAGGGUUAUCAGGUACCUCACUUGUCUCUCUAAUCUCCAAAAUCUUGAUGUAUCUGGGACCAAUUUUAAGCUUGGCCCAGUACUCAAGAAAACAAUGUAUGACCUGACAGGACUUGUUUGUUCUGAAAAACCACUGGACAUAUUUGAGCAUUCAAGAUGUAAAACAGAAGGUUGGGCAGAGCAUGUUGUCAAUCAAUGGGAAAGAAUUGCUUCACAAGUGCCGAAACUAAAAAAAAUUGAAGAUUCACGAAAAUCAGCACUCCGCUUCUUUGGCAGACAAAAGUUCAUCAGUGAUGUGCUGAAUUCGAUGCCCUUGGUACGGCAAAAUGAAGAUGAGGAUGCAACCGAAAAGCUCCAUUUUUACAAGCCCACCCCAAAGCACGGCAUUCCCAAGGUGCAAGUUAAUGACACAGCUGAGGAUUCACCGAAACCCUCCUGUCUUAACGCCAGAAAAAGGCAACGUCAAACAGAGGGCAGCGAGACUCGUCAGAGUCCUCCAGGAAAGCGCUUUUCCUCAUCAACGCUUACAGCCGCAGAUAAGGAUAUGUUGGACAGCUACUGAGCUGAUUUUUUUAUUAAAUCGUGAACAAAAGUAUAUAUUGCAGGCAAUCCCACUUUUAGGUGGAUUGAAAUGUGGAUGGAAUGAUUAAUGUUUUGCUGUUUUUCCUGUUUUUAUUAUUCCAUUAAUGUUUUGAUCAGCAUUUCAAUCUUGUUUGUUUCAACUGAAGGAGCAUGGCAGAGGGCAUUGCACAGUGAAGAUGUCACUGACACAUUGAGUCAGUUGUGGUGCAAAGAAAGGAUAUUUAACACCAUUAAAAUUAUAUCUUUA